UCUCUCCCCUUCAGCCCCAACUCACCAAGCCACUCUGUAAUCCAAAGAAGAUCCGAGUUUCGGUCUCACAUGGCAAAACCUAGCCUUAUUUGGCUCCUCCUCUCACUAUUGUACAUUGCAAGCACGGCAAACUGUGCUAGCACCACCACAAAGUCAAGUUCAAGGGCUUCAAAUUUCAUCAAGGCCUCAUGCAGUGCCACAACAUACCCUGCCCUGUGCGUCCAAUCUCUUUCCCUUUAUGCCUCUUCAAUUAAACAAAGUCCACGCCAAUUAAUUCAGACAGCCUUGUCUGUCAGCCUAGACAAGGCUCAGUCCACUAAGACAUUUGUCUACAAGUUAACAAAGUUUAAGGGAAUUAAGCCUAGAGAAAAGGCAGCCAUUAAGGAUUGCUUCGAAGAGAUUGAUGAUACUCUGGACAAGCUUGUUAAGUCAGUUAAAGAAUUGAAGAAUAUGGGGUCAUCCAAGGGCCAGGAUUAUCAAUGGCAUAUCAGUAACGUUCAGACUUGGAUUAGUGCUGCAUUGACUGACGAGAAUACUUGCGUUGAUGGGUUUGCUGGGAAGGCUUUGGAUGGAAGGGUAAAGAAUUCGAUCACAGCUAGGUUUGUUCAUGUUGAAAGGGUUACCAGUAAUGCUCUUGCCUUGAUUAACAAGUUUGGUUCUAAGUACUAAGUGACUCCAGCUAGUGGAUUAAUCUGGGUUCCAUCUUGUGGAGUCUGGGUUUUUCUGUUUAUGUAUCACAAAGAGUUUUGAGUGAUGUAAGGUUUUUUUUAUAUAUAUAUAUAAAAAUACUUAUGUGAUAAUGUACUAUAAUUUGUGGAGGCAUUUUGAGCGAUC